UGUGACCGUUAAUUAAUUUUAAAAUAGAGAGACCAUGACACCUCGUACUCAGUUAGAGCGAGUACAAACGCAUAUCCCACUCGCAUCACUGCUCUCUCUUUUACUCGGCUGCACCCUGCCUUCCCUGUGCAAACCUCUCUGUACUAGCUUGGCAGUAUCUUUCCCUCGUUUUAUGGUCCACCGCAUCCCUUGUCUCUCCCCCCUAACGCUGACCUGUUCCCAAACCCAAAGAGAAACCGAACCACCGCACCCCGUUCGGUGUUCACUAUCAGAGCUGGUGGAAACUGAAAGUUUGCUUUUAAUGGGUUGCGCUCAGUCCAGAAUAGAUAACGAAGAAUCGGUGGCUCGUUGCAAGGACCGCAAGACCUUAAUGAAAGAUGCGGUUGUAGCUCGUAACGCCUUUGCGGCUGGCCAUUCUGGCUACGCCAUUUCCUUGAAGGACACUGGGGCCGCCUUGAGUGACUACGGUCAGGGAGAAGAUGAAGGUCCUCUCGAACACCACCACCAGAUCCCUCCUCUUGACUCCACUCCUCAACGGCCUCCACCGCCUCCAAUGAUGGACAACCUCCCUCCACCGCCUCCGCUUCCUAACUUCUCCCCUAGCCCCGUUGCUCCCAUCAAACGCGCCGUCAGUAUGCCUGCAAUGCCCAUCAAGGUUCGUAAGGAGUUUGAUUCUUCCCUCGCUAUUGAAGAAGAAGAAGAAGAAGAAGAAGAAGAAGAAGAAAUAGAAGAACAUCUUCAAGGAAACGAGGUGGUUGAAAAUAAUAAUAAUAAUGAAGAUUUGAGAAAAGAUUCAAGAGGGUCCCAUGGGGAGGAGAUGAUCCCACCAAGGACUCCAGAGAACAACCACCCGCCCCCGAUGCCCGAAGCUAAAAAUAUGGCCUGGGACUACUUCUUUAUGCUAAACGAUAACAUGCCGGGUCGAAGCUUGGAUGUGGACGACAACAAUAACGAAGCCGAGAAUAGAAAUGUCGAUGCUUCAGAGAACAAUGUCAGUGAUUAUGGGUUUAGCGGCCACGGUGGAGUUGAUAGUGAGAUUGAUCCGAAGACGCCGGAGAGGCCAGAUGAGGUGGUGGCGAUGGCAGUGGAGGUUGAUGAUAAAGGGAAGCAGCAGGUUCAGAUUGAGCAUUCAAAAACGACUCCGGCAGAUUUCAGGAGAGUGGCGAAGGCUGUUUCUAGCGUGAAUUUGAUGCAAGUUUUGAAUAACAUUGAUGAUCAUUUCUUGAGAGCCUCAGAGAGUGCUCAGGAGGUUUCUAAGAUGCUGGAGGCUACAAGGUUGCAUUAUCAUUCCAAUUUUGCUGAUAAUGAAGGAUAUAUUGAUCAUUCCGCAAUGGUAAUGCGUGUCAUUACAUGGAAUAGGUCUUUCAGAGGUAUGACAAAUGGUGAAAAUGGGAAGGAUGAAUUUGAUUCAGAAAAGUAUGAGACUCAUGCCACUGUUCUGGAUAAGUUGCUAGCAUGGGAAAAGAAACUUUAUGAUGAAGUAAAGCAAGGAGAGCUGAUGAAGCUUGAGUACAAAAGGAAGGUUGCUUGGUUAAACAAGCAGAAGAAACGUGGAGCUAGUGCUGAAUCAUUGGAGAAAACAAAAGCGGCUGUAAGUCAUUUACACACGAGUUACAUAGUUGACAUGCAGUCCAUGGAUUCAACAGUGUCAGAAGUUAACCAGCUACGAGAUGAGCAGUUGUACCCGAAACUUGUUAUGCUUGUUGAUGGGAUGGCUAAGAUGUGGGCAAGUAUGUGCAUACAUCAUGAUAGCCAGCUUCAGAUUGUUGAAAAGCUUAAAUAUCUUGACAUUGCCCUUGCCUCCAAAGAAACAACAAAGCAACACAAUAUGCGCACCAUCCAACUUCAUAAUGUUGUCCAGGAAUGGCAUUCACAAUUUGAUAAGCUUGUGACUCAUCAAAAGCAAUACAUCCGAGCUCUCAACAACUGGUUAAAGUUGAAUCUAAUCCCUAUUGAAAGCAGCUUGAAAGAGAAAAUCUCAUCUCCUCCACCAGUGCAGAAUCCUCCAAUCCAAGCACUCCUUCAUACAUGGCAUGAUUAUCUUGAAAAUCUUCCUGAUGAGGUUGCUAAAUCUGCUAUCUCUUCAUUUGCUGCUGUGAUAAAAACCAUAAUUAUUCAUCAAGACGAAGAGAUGAAGCUAAAAGAAAAAUGUGAGGAAACUAGGAAGGAAUUUUUGCGCAAGAACCAGGCAUUCGAGGAAUGGUAUCAUAAGUAUAAGCAACGGAGAUCUGCAUCUGAUGAAAUAGAUGCUGAAAGAGGUGAAGAUGCGAAUACAAAGGAUCCUGUCUCAGAGAGGAAAUUUGUGGUUGAGAGCUUGAGAAAGAGGUUGGAAGAGGAAGAAGAAGCUCAUGAAAAACAUUGUGUUCAAGUGAGAGAGAAGUCUCUGGGAAGUCUUAAAAUUCGCCUGCCUGAGCUAUUCCGGGCUAUGUCUGACUAUUCUCAUGCUUGCUCUGAUGCUUAUGAGAAGUUGAGGACCAUCACCCAGUCACAAAAACCAAAUGGUGCCCCUUCGUAGAGACCUCAGCUCCGUUUUACUAGUAAUUUCCUAUAAACCUAUAUCUCAGCGAACUGCAGUUUCUAUGCCAUACAGUAGUUCUUGGCAAUGCAAUGUAGCAAUCUUUUAUUUAUCUAUGUGCAAAAGAAUGUGGCGUUAUGCUCCUUUCUUCCUUUUUCUUCAUGAAGGUUGAUAUGUGACAAUCAGAAAAAACAAAUUGAGGACUAAUAUUCUGUGCACUCCGGAGCAUGCCCUUCCAUAACUUAUCAAGUUCAGAAGGAUACUGAAAUACGGUAAAACUCAUCUUACAAUUCCCGAUUCUAGGUUGCAUGAUGAUUGAACCUUCCAACUUUUUAAUUCACUUAGAAAUGGUGAAUGAUUAAUUUGGUAAUGGAUUUGAGUCUUCAUUGAUUCGAUUCAUAUUGAGUUCAAGCCAUAGUACCAAAUAGUGUUGAAAAUAGCCUCAUAAACAUGAUUAUGCAAGGAAUGAUGGCUCAAUCGUCAUGCCCCUGGCAACAGGAUGUCUCCACCCUCCAUGGCCAUGCUUCUUUUUCAAAGGUGGGCCUGUCAAACCGUCAAAAUCAUAAUAAUUCUGUAUUCAAGAAUGUUAGUUGAAGUGGUCGACGUCAGGUUACUAAUCUUGAUUCUGGCUCUAUAUCCAUUUAUGGAUAGGGACACAAUUUGGCAUAUAAAAAAGAUGAGGAAAUGACAAAACUUAUGUAAAUAAUG